AUGAGCUCGUCAAAUGGGCCUUCCAGAUCUGGCUCCAUUGACCCUUUCUCGAAUGCCGAUGUCUAUUAUGGCGCUGAAGAUACCCUCAAGAACUUUAGGUCGAGAGGGCGUGCAUUCUCUGUGGGCUUGAACGACGCCAACCGAGGCGAUAUCAGUGAUUUCCUGGGAACUUUGCCCUCACGGCGAGGUAGUCAUGAUGAGGCGUCAGGACAACCUCGGAAGUUCCUUAUCGAGGUUGAAGAGACCCUUCAGUCUCUCCUGAAGCAAGAAGAUACCGAUAGUAAUAUGCAGAUCACAAUUGAGGAUGUUGGUCCGAAGGUUCUCUCGGUCGGCACUGCGGCGUCAUCCGGAUACAAUCGAGUUGACGUGCGAGGCACAUACAUGCUUUCCAACCUCUUGCAAGAGCUUACAAUUGCAAAAGACUAUGGUCGCAAGCACAUUAUCCUUGACGAGGCUCGUCUAAGCGAGAACCCGGUUGCACGUCUCUCUCGUUUGAUCAAGAACUCAUUUUGGAAAGCCCUGACGAGGCGCAUUGAUGGCCAUAAUAUCGAGGUAGCGGGCAAGGAUCCCAAAGACUGGACCGAUGACCCUCGGCCCCGAAUUUACAUCCCGCCAGGUGCUCCAGAGCAAUUUGACUACUAUUCUCAGAUUGCUAAGGAUCACCCGGAGCUGCGCCUUGAUGUGCAAUUGCUUCCCGCCGAGAUUACACCCGAUUAUGUGAUGCAGCUGAACGACAAGCCUGGUUUGCUGGCGCUUGCCAUGCAGAAGAAGUUUAAUGAGACCACCGGCAAGGACGAUAUGGUCGGUGUGCCAUUUGUGGUGCCGGGUGGCCGCUUCAAUGAACUUUACGGCUGGGACAGCUACAUGGAGUCCUUGGGACUGCUUGUUAGUGACCGCGUCGAUCUUGCCAAGGGCAUGGUUGUGAACUUCUGCUUCGAGAUCAAGCACUACGGUAAAAUCCUCAACGCAAACCGCUCUUACUACCUCACUCGCUCGCAGCCGCCAUUCUUGACUGACAUGGCUCUGCGAGUUUAUGAGAGAAUAAAGACGGAGCCGGACUCUAAGGAGUUCCUGCGUAACGCCGUUCUUGCUGGUAUCAAGGAAUACCACAGUGUGUGGGCUUGCGCGCCUCGUCUCGAUCCCGUAACAGGAUUGUCCAGGUAUCGCCCCGAAGGUUGGGGCGUGCCACCCGAGACCGAGCCUUCUCACUUUGUGCACAUUCUCACUCCCUUCGCCGAAAAGCACGGAAUGACCUUCGAGCAAUUUGUCCGAGCAUACAACACCCGGGCCAUCGUUGAGCCUGAGCUCGAUGAGUACUUCAUGCACGAUCGAGGUGUUCGUGAAUCUGGUCACGACACCAGUUAUCGUCUCGAGGGCGUGUGCGCAAACCUUGCCACUGUUGACCUCAACUCCCUGCUGUACAAGUACGAGGUAGACAUUGCUCGUAUCAUUCGUGUUCAUUUCAACGACAAGCUUGUCAUUCCCAGCGAAUUCCGAACUCCUCUCACCAGGGACAUCGAAUUCGAAUCAUCUGCCGCCUGGGACCGCCGCGCCCGCAAGCGCAAGCAGACCAUGGACAAGCUCCUUUGGAGCGCUGAGAAGGGCAUGUACUUCGACUACGACACAGCGAAGAAGGAGCGCCAGGAAUACGAGACUGCGACCACCUUCUGGGCCAUGUGGGCCGGUCUCGCAUCACCCCAGCAGGCCGCCGUCAUGGUUGAGAAGGCUUUGCCCCGUUUCGAGGCCUUUGGCGGCUUGGUUUCAGGUACGGAGGAGUCUCGCGGUGCCGUGGGCUUGGAACGCCCUAACCGGCAGUGGGAUUACCCGUACGGCUGGGCGCCACAGCAGAUGCUUGCUUGGACCGCUUUCCUGCGUUACGGAUACCAAGAGGAGGCGGAGCGACUGGCCUACAAAUGGGUGUACAUGAUUACCAAGGCGUUCGUUGACUUCAACGGCGUUGUUGUCGAGAAGUAUGAUGUCACUAGGCCGAUUGAUCCCCACCGAGUCGAUGCCGAGUACGGCAACCAAGGCACGGACUUCAAGGGCGCUCCGCGUGAAGGAUUCGGCUGGGUGAAUGCCAGUUAUGUCUACGGUUUGGAAAUUCUCAACGCUCACAUGAGACGCUCUUUGGGAACAAUCACCCCCUACGAGACGUACCACAAGGCGGUCGUUGCUUCAGAUGCAUUCUGA